AUGAUGUUCCAAUUCAAUUCCUCCAGCUCCGUCUCCUUCUCCUCACUCUCUCCAUUCUCGGGAUGGAGUCUUUUACUCUACUCGUUCACCAACAUGUCCCUCCUUCAACAUUUACUUUUAUUGUUCAUUGCUUUGUGUGUGUUAUGGACAGCCUUUGCCAAUACUUGUCGUAAAUAUCUCUAUUCCGUAUUGGAUAGCACAGUUUAUGAGAAGGGAAAGAGUUUUACGGAACAUCUCAUCAACCGAACCGAUGGUUUUGAAUGUAAAGUAUUUACCUGUAAAACUAAGGAUGGCUGUCGAUUGCAGCUACUACGAAUUAUUUAUAAAGGAGAAGAGGAGAAGGAUCAUGUGAAGAAGAUGAAUAGUAGUAGCUGUGAUCAAGAAGCCGCUUCCACUUGCUCUUUACCAUCAUUGAAGAAUGAUUCCUCACACAACAACCACCCCUCAAAACAACCACACUCACACACUCUUCAUCCUUCCACCAUUAAUUAUUGCAAAUCGGCUCAACAACUCGAAGAAUUGUUGCACGAUCGUGAAUUGCACAAACAAAAACCAGUGAUUUUUCUACAACAUGGUUUACUGGAGAGUAUGACUGUUUGGUGUCUCCAUAAGGAUUCUCUGGCAUUUCAAUUGGCACGAAAAGGGUUUGAUGUUUGGCUUGGAAAUAAUAGAACUUCAUGGUUUGGUCAACAACAUUUAGUGUCUCGGUUGCAUGAUGAAGUCAACUUUUGGAAAUUCUCAAUUGAUGAAAUUAUUUAUUACGAUUUACCAGCCAUGAUUGAUUUUGUGAGACAAGCGACUGGACAGGACAAAAUUUGUUGGAUGGGCAUGUCACAAGGUGCAGGACAAUUAUUUGCAGCUCUCAGUUUACCUGAAUUUGAACAUUAUAAGAAUUAUUUGUAUGCCAUUGUUGGAAUUUCACCUGCAUGUUUCUUGAAGAAGAAUCCACGUAGCUUUAUUCUGAGAAUUUUAAUGAAAAUUCCAAGAUUUUUCUUUGGGGAUCGUGAAUUUGUUGUGGGUGUGGCAUUCUCACAACUCUUGCUCCCCAAGAACUUUAUUGGAUACAUGGGAGAACGUGCGUUGAGGUGGUUGAAUAUUCAACAAAAUCCUCUUCCAGAUGAUCCCAUGAAGGGUGAAUGGUUCAAGAAUAUACCUCUGGGUUGUACUUCCGUGAAUAACGUCACACAUUGGUUCAACAUGUUGAAAACAGGUGGAUGUUUAAGGAAAUUUAAUAAUAAGGAGGUCUAUCCGAUUAAUUCCAUGCUUGCAAAAUGGAAAGAAAUGUAUCACUCGACAGAGCAUGAUGAUACCAUCUCCAAUUCCGCUCGUACCAAUGAUGCAAACUAUGUUCCUCCAAUUUUGGUAUGUCUCGGUGCAAAGGACAAUGUGGUCGACUUUGAAGAGAGUUUGAAACAAUUUGGAUGUGACACUUGUUCUUCAUUGCAUGAAUCAUGUCGUGAUAAUAGUGAAGAGGCAAUAACAACCCAUAGUAAUAAUAAUAACACAACCACUAAGGAAGGUAGGCUAGAAAACUCCAUGAAAUCGUGCCAUAGCGCUUUUAAACGAUGUCGAAUUUUAGUGGAACCCGAGUAUGGACAUACUGAUUUUUUGUGGUGUCAGGUCAAUGACAAGUUACUGCGACACUACAAUGAAAUUAUAGGUUUCGUACAAGAGCAGGCCAAGCUUGCUCGUCGUUGUCAGCAACAGCAACAACAGUAA